AGCUGGGAUAUGGAACACAACCCAGAGACAACCCCAGACUCUGAUCCCUGUACUGUGGGGGUUGGCGUGGCCAAGCAGCAGCUGGGUCAGAAGGUCACAGAGGCAGGCUGCACCACAGAUCAGUGUCAGUGGGCAGGGGGCCAAGAAAGGUGGGGGAAAGGAGAACCAACUGCAGUGUUAGAGGAGAGAAGACAGUCCAUGCCAGGGAUCAUAUUCACAAAUGAGUUUGGGCAGGAGGUACCAGAGGCCAUAGAGGAUAGUGGGCAGGAACUGUACACAGCACAGGAUGGGGGAGACAGCUCCAAGUGGUAUUUAUCAGGUCAGACAGAUGUGGAUGGGUCAGGAUCUGACUAUGAGACUGCUGAAGAGUGGGGGGAUGCACCAGGUCAAAAUGGAGGAUGGAUUAGUGCGGAUGAUGAGCUUGACUCUGCAGAGAAUGAGGGGCCAAACACAAUAACCCAAGAGGGUUUUGCGGACUGGGGUACAGCUAGUACUGUUUCACCCCUCCAAGAACAGAGCACUCCAGCUGGUGUAGACUUUAGCGGCAGUACAUUUACAGUUAACUGGGACCAGCCAUCUAUGACAGAGCCAGUGAAACCUAAUGAAGUUACAGGGUUUGUUCAGCAGAGUUCAAUAUCCAGCACAACAGAUCCUACAGAGCAGAAAGAGAGUGUAGGCAGUUCAUUGUUAAAUAUUUCAGAAUCCACUCUGAGCUCAGACCCAUUCAGCAUCUCAGAGAGUGACCCAUUUGGCAAUGAUCCAUUUGCCACAUCUGGGGGCGAUCCAUUUGGCACUGGAAAUGACCCAUUUGCCAACUCAGAAAAAUAUCUAUUUGGGCAAUCAGAGGCAGAUGCAUCAGAGUUGCCUAUGAAAGAUGCUAGUGCCCCAGAGGGUGAUCUUUUUGCCCCUCAGUGUUCAAGCACACAGGAUCAGACAACUUGUUUUGCUUCAGAUCCAUUUGCAUCCCAAGCAGGAGAUGCAGGAGAGUGGGCAGGAGAUCCUAUUGCUGAUGAGAUCACACCAGACCAUUUUGACAGUGUGAGCACACAAGAGCCUUUUGCUAGUGAGAGUAACCAAGACCUCUUUGCCAGCAACAGUAACCAGGACCCUUUUGCGAAUGAGACUAACAAAGAUCAUUUUCCAAAUGAAGCCACACAAGAUCCUUUUGAAACUGAGUCUACACAAGAUCAUUUUGCAAGUGAGACCACACAAGACCAUUUUGCAAAUGAGACUAACCAAGAUCCCUUUCCAAGUGAGGUUGCAAAAGAUCUUUUUGCAAGUGAGACCACACAAGAUCCUUUUGCAAAUGAAACCAUCCAAGAUCCUUUUGCAUGUGAGGCCACACAAGAUCCUUUUGAAUGUGAGACUGCAGAAGAUCCUUUUGCAAGUGAGACCACACAGGACCUAUUUGCCAGUGAGACAAACCCAGACCCUUUUUCAAGUGUGGUCACACAAGACCUUUUUGCCGGUGAGCCUAACCAAGAACCUUUUGCAAGUGAGGCCGGACAGUAUCCUUUUGCCAGUGACACAAACCAAGACCCCUUUUUUAGGGAAACAACCCAAGAUCCAUUUGCUAGUGAGAGUACCCAAGACCCUUUUGCCAGUGAGAACAACCAGGGAUGGCCAGGGGGCUGGGAGUCUGCAAGCAUUGGGCAAACAGGUGGGGAAGGGACAAUAUGUAGUGGACAGUCAAAUGGGUUCGCCCAGUGGGCAGCCUUUUCUCCCCCUGAUAUUGAUAUAGAGAGAUCCAGUAAGGGUUCCUGGCAGGAGGUGAGUGGCAGCAGUGGCUUCUUCUCCUCUGAUGGCCAGGGGGACUUCAUUGCAGGCUGGCCUGGUGAAAGUGGUCAGACUCAAGACCAGUUUGCUUCCUUUCCUGGUCAAAACAACAUCCCUGGUCCAAAGACUACAGCUGCAGAAAUUCCAGCCGGUCUUAAAGAGCCAGAGAACUCUGACCUGUCUGAAGAUGAGGUUGCGAAUCGGAGAUACGGAAAGUUGUACCAAGAAAUAGAUACAGAGAAAGACGAGGUGACCAACAAAGCUUUUAAUGGAUUUGCUCAGACGGAUGCAUCAGCAUCAACAUUUGUGGCAGACUUUGAUAAAAUGCCUGAGGUUGAGGCCCCAGAAGGGCCAGAGGCUGGUACAGAGCCCCCCCCAGAGGAUGAGGGGGUCCUAGCACCAGAAGGUGAGGGAGCCCCUGCACCAGUUGCUGAGGCUGGCGAGGGGGGCGCUGUCACCACUCCUCCUGCAGACACCACAACUGAACCAGCAGAGUCCACUGCUGCUUCCAGCCCUCCUGCAGAGACAGCUCCUAGCACAGUGGAGUCUCCUACAGCUGCUGAAACUGAGGCAGCAGAGCAGAUUGAGACAACUCCACCUGAAGACACAGAGAAAGAGCAAGUCAGCCAAGAGGCACUGGAAUCUGCUCCAGCGGCAGAAGCAGGACAGGAGCCACCUGCAGAGGCUUUGGCCUCAGCGGAAGAUAAAGAGUCUCCUAUUGAAGAGACUCCGACCAUAGAGACCAAACCAGAAGAUGAAGCUGGUACCGUAGAAACCAAACCAGAAGAUGAAGUUGGCACAGUAGAAACCAAGCCAGAAGAUGUAGCUGGUACAGUAGAGACCAAGCCAGAAGAUGAGUCUGGUACAGUAGAGACCAAACCAGAAGAUGACGCUGGCACAGUAGAAACUAAGCCAGAGGAUGAGGCUGGUACAUUAGAGACCAAACCAAAAGAUGAGGCUGGUACAGUAGAGACCAAACAAGAAGAUGAAGCUGAUACAGUAGUAUUCAAACCAGCUGAUGAAACCAGUAAGGAGGGUGCAGAAAAGGAGGAGAAGAUGCCUAUUCCUUCUGUAGUAAUUGAACCUGCGUCCAGCAAUGAGGGCGAUGAUGACCGUGAUGGCGACAUAAUAUCUCCAACAGCAACCAGUGGAAAUGACGUGACACCAGACAGCCAAAUAGCCAAAGACAUCUCUUCCUCUGGCAUGCCUCCAGGCUUUAUGUUCAAGGUUGAAACAAUGCAUGAUUUUGAGGCUGCAAACCCUGAUGAGCUUGAGCUGAAGAGAGGAGACAUAGUUCUUGUUGUUCCCACAGAGCUACUGGAAGAUCAGGAUGCCGGCUGGCUCACUGGCAUGAAGGAGAGUGACUGGCUACAGCACGGCACCUCUGCUCAGAAAGGAUUGUUUCCAGAGAACUUCACACAGCGUGUGGGCUAAAGCCUCAAAGCAUGCCAGAGCAGGGCAUGAAGCAGCCGAGAGCUACAGACAGACCCACUAGCAUGGAGUCUGGCGCCCUGAAUGACAACCGUCAAUCGGAGCGAACAAAGCAAACUAUAUCCAAGAGGACAAAACACAAUCAACAACGAGUGGAUACACAAACCCCUACUCAGAGCUUAAAGAAAAUAACAGAGCAUGAUGCGAUAGUAUGGUCUACCUUCCUCUCGAAUCAAGACCUCUUUGUUUUUGUUUGUUUACCUGUAAGCAGCAGCAAAUUGAUGUGUGCUUUGUUGGAACUGUGGUGACCUCCACAUGUAACCCCUAUCUGUUUAAAGGAAAACUAAAAACGGGAGUUCUCCUCUAAAGACAAAAAAAUUAACCUUAUCUUCUCUGCACCAAGUGUAUUGUAUUGAGUUUGUUGCUCUGCAGCAAAUUUUAUCAGAAUUUGUAGUGAUAUGAUCUAUUUAACCGUUCUAAGUGUUAAUGCGAGACUUCAAUGUUUUCUUUGAGACAUUUCAGACCUAAAUGUUACCUUGCAUCAUUGUUAGUGUUCUCUGUAGUUUUCAUGGCUGGGCGUGUACGGCUAUGGUGAAAACAUUUGGCAUAACUGACAUCGGCGCUUGUUCGUUGACAAGAGUGCUCUUUGCCAAAUGAAUUAAAUCCUAGGUAUGUUAUGAGCAUGCAAAAUAUUUCAAGAAGAAUAGCUGGGACCUGGCAUUUGGCAAAUACAGCUUUGCAAAAUACUAAACGUUGUUCCCUACUACAAAAACGUCCGUAUAUCCACAAUUAGAUAAAAUAAUGAAAUUAUCCUGUGAACAUGUAUGGAAAAAACAAGAUGUUGAAUGCAAUUUUACGUGUUGAGAAAUUCUAUUUAUUUAACUUUAUAUUUUUUAAGCUGAAGCUCACUGGGAGAGUUCUGGGGUGGGGUAUCUGCAAAAUAUGCAAUAUAUGUCAUUUGGUUUAAAGGUAACCAUUGUCUUGAUUGUUUAGUUUUAAGAGGUAAAGGUCACUCCUGUGUUUGUACUGUUAGUCUUCACUGUAGAGAUUUUCGUGAUGUACAUAUCCGUGUUAAUUUAUCUAUAAAGUGAAUAAAGAAUACUUCAUAUGGUUAUAUGUUCAUUUUAA